ACACGCGAGACGAAGAUAAUCGCAACCAAAACGACAGGCACAGGAGACAGCUUCUUAAAUUACAAAUAUACCCUUCAACACUGCUUCCAGAUUCCAGCUCCCUUGUCUCUCUUCAUUUUUGCAUUAUCAAUAUUCUUUUAUUUCUCCAUCGGCGAUCAUAUAAGUAUAUAAUACAGCGGCAAGCAAGAGGCAAUAGCCGUUCUAUUUGUUUUUAUUUAUUUUCAAAAAUCAAACGACACAAAUCUGUUCAACAAUCUAAUUCGUUUCAAAAGAUGGGAAGUGAACAAAAUCGAGGGUUGGCUCGUGAUUUUGAUGUAGAUAGUGAAAACAAUGAAGUUAACAAACUGAGUGAGGUUGCUACAAACUUGCAUAAUGUACCAUAUAUUUAUAGACAAGAUAUUGUGAGACAUAAAAAGAGUGGGGUAAUUGGGAUAGUGAAUGAAGUUGCCGGUGACUCAGAUUCAGAUAGCAGCAUAACUGAUGAUGAGGAUGAUGAAGAUGAGGAAGAUGAGGAUGAUGAAGAUGAAGACGAAGAUGAAGUAGGUGAUGGUGAUGGUGAUGGUGAUGGUGAUGCUGACGGUAGCAGGAACAAAGUUAAUGGUAACCAUAAGAAUGAAGCACUUCAGGCUGACCAGGUCCGAGUACUUUGGAUGGAUGACACAGAACAAAUCCAGCAUGUUAAUGAUAUAAAAGUUGUUGAUCGGGGAUUCUUACAUGGGGAUUAUGUUGCUUCGGCUUCUGAUCCGACUGGGCAAGUGGGUGUUGUGCUAGAUGUCAAUAUAUCUGUUGAUUUGUUAGUCCCUGGUGGAUCUAUUAUAAAGGAUGUAUCAUCCAGAGUGUUGAAGCGGGUAAGGGAGUUUGCUAUUGGUGAUUAUGUGGUGCGUGGUCCCUGGUUGGGUAGAGUUGAUGAUGUUUUAGAUAAUGUGACUGUGCUAAUUGAUGAUGGUUCUGUUUGCAAAGUAAAUGGGGCAGAGCCACUGCGUCUCAAACCAAUUUCCAAGAGUAUCUUUGAUGAAGACGAGCAUACUCCUUACUACCCAGGGCAGCGUGUGAGGGCAAGCUCAUCAUCGGUUCUGAGGAAUGUUCGGUGGCUAUCAGGCUCAUGGAAAGCUAAUCGGCUGGAAGGUACUGUUGCUAAAGUCACUGCUGGAUCAGUGUUCAUCUAUUGGAUAGCAUCUGCUGGCUAUGGGCCUGAUUCUUCAACUACCCCUAUUGAGGAGCAGAGUCCAAAGGACUUGAAAUUGUUGUCUUGUUUUUCGCAUGCAAAUUGGCAAGUCGGUGAUUGGUGUCUCCUUCCACCUGCUAUCAGGCAAUCGUCUUCAAUCACCUUGCACAAAGGUUUGUCAAAGUUAGGGCUUCACGAUUCAAGCAAAAGUGAAUCAGAUGCUAGCCAAGUGGGAAAUGGAUGUGAUUCAGAAGAGGUUGCUCCAGAGGAAUCAGAUGAGAAUAAUGAAUCCAUGGAUAUUGACCCAGCAGUUGUCCCAGAUGGAAAUAAUGGAAAAAAUAUUGGAAGUAAUUCUUCACUAGAAUCUAGCUUUUUUGUUAGUUCAACAUCAGUUUCAAAGGACCCUGUCCAUGAAACUUGGCCUCUUCAUCGCAAGAAGAUACGUAAAGUAGUAAUUAGGAGAGAAAAGAAGGUUCGAAAGAAAGAAGAAAACUUUGAGAGAGCUGUUCUGAUUGUUGAUACAAGAACAAGGGUUGAUGUGGCAUGGCAGGAUGGAACCAUAGGACGUGGGAUGGAAUCAACAACUUUGAUACCAAUUGAUAGUCCUGGCGAUCAUGAAUUCGUUGCGGAACAGUAUGUGGUGGAGAAGGCCUCGGAUGAUAACGAUAAUGCUUCUGAAGCUAGACGUGUUGGGGUUGUGAAAAGUGUUAAUGCAAAAGAGCGAACAGCUUGUGUGAGGUGGUUAAAGCCAGUUGCCAGGGCAGAAGAUCCUCGUGAGUUUGACAAAGAGGAAAUUGUUAGCGUGUAUGAGCUGGAGGGACAUCCAGAUUAUGAUUAUUCCUAUGGGGAUGUAGUUGUGCGAUUAUCUCCAGCUGCUGUAUCAACUUCUGAUAGUGAGUCUGCAGGGGAACUAAAGCAGAAAACUGCACCACUUGAGAAUAAAAGUGUAAAAAGACGCUCAGGAUGCAAGAAAGAAGAGGAUGUUUCCAAGGGUGAAGCUUGUGUGGACUUUUCAGAUCUCACUUGGGUUGGAAAUAUAACUGGUCUUAGAAAUGGUGAUAUCGAAGUCACAUGGGCUGAUGGGAUGGUUUCAACGGUUGGACCUCAAGCAAUCUUUGUUGUUGGUCGAGAUGAUGAUGAUGAUGACUCAAUUGCAGCUGGGAGUGAAGUAAGUGAUGAUGCAGCUAGUUGGGAAACGGUAAAUGAUGAUGAGAUGGAUGCUCUUGAGAUUCAAGAGGGAGUUGGGCCGCAAAAUGCAACUGAUGUCAACUAUGAGGCUGAAGAGAGUGAGGAGAAUAAUAAUUCUAGAAGGAAUCCUGCACUUUCUAUUCCUUUAGCUGCACUCGACUUUGUUACUAGAUUAGCCACAGGAAUCUUCUCAAGGGCACGAAAAAAUGUACAUCCAGAUUUUUCUGAAUCCAGAGGUGAAAAUGAACAUCAGAGUCGAGGAAUAAUGCAUAUUUCCGAGGAAAGGGAUUCUGGUGAUGAGUCUGGUUCUCAGAAAUCUAAUGUCAUUGAUAAUGGUGGUCUGUUAAGUACACAUGGUGAUGGAGAGGAUCUUGCUGUCCUGGACACAGAGGUGCCAGUAUCAUCGAAUGGAGCAGAAACUUUAUACAAUUUGAGCACAGAUAAAUCAGAUAUUCCAACAUGUUUUGAAGGUGACACGUGCAGUUUCAAACGUUUUGACAUAACUAAAGAUCCUCUGGACCAUUAUUUUCUUGGUUCAGACGGGCAGAAUAACAAAGCAAGGAAGUGGCUCAAGAAGGUUCAGCAAGAUUGGAACAUUCUUCAGAACAACUUGCCUGAUGGGAUUUAUGUACGUGUAUAUGAAGAUCGAAUGGAUCUCUUAAGAGCGGUAAUUGUUGGGGCAUAUGGAACACCCUAUCAAGAUGGACUCUUUUGUUUCGAUUUUCACCUUCCACCAGAGUAUCCUGAUGUUCCACCGUCUGCAUAUUACCAUUCUGGUGGUUGGCGAAUAAACCCAAAUUUGUAUGAGGAGGGCAAGGUGUGCCUUAGCCUUCUAAAUACCUGGACUGGCAGAGGCAAUGAAGUUUGGGAUCCAGUGUCUUCUAGCAUCCUUCAAGUUCUAGUUUCACUUCAGGGGUUAGUGCUCAAUUCUAAGCCAUAUUUUAAUGAAGCUGGAUAUGAUAAGCAGGUUGGAUCGGCUGAAGGAGAGAAGAAUUCACUGUCAUAUAAUGAAAAUACCUUUUUACUAAAUUGCAAAACAAUGAUGUAUCUGAUGCGAAGGCCCCCCAAGGAUUUUGAAGAGCUUGUGAAGGAGCAUUUCAGAAGGCGCGGAUACUACAUUCUUAAGGCCUGUGAUGCAUAUAUGAAAGGCAGUUUAAUUGGCUCUCUUACUAAAGAAGCCACUGUAAGCAAUAUUGACAAUUCCAAUUUAACUUCGGUUGGUUUCAAGCUAAUGUUAGCUAAGAUUGUGCCAAAGCUAUACUUGGCAUUGAAUGAAGUUGGAGCCGAUUGUCACGAUUUUAAGCAUCUACUUCAAUCGUAACACAAGUUCCAAAAAGCCAGUCCUGCUUCACAUAUUCGUCAAUCCAACAAGGUCAGUCAUUUUUUAUUCAUUGCGAUUACUUCCAACCCCCAGAUACUUGUAAAUUGUAAAGGCUCUUUGUUUUGUCUGAUUUUCUUGUUAUAAUAACUUCGGAUGAGACAUUUUUGUGUCAUUAAUUUUAGAGUCUGGGGUUUCUUCGGUUUCUCCUUUCUCCUAAAAUGAUCAUUUUGUUGUCUAACACAACCAAUUGGGAUUUCUUUUUCUUCUUUUCCCGUGGAAUUUGGCUGCUAACUUGUUGACAAUUUUUUGGUACUUCCCUAUGGGAUUUGGAAGACAGACCGGAAUUUGGAUUGAUUUCAGAUUGCAUUUUGUUGGGAAAAAUAUCAAUGAAGAUUGCUUUCUUCAAAUUUCUGCUCUUUUUUGUUGUAUUUAACGAACAUUCAAAUGAUAGAAGUGUUCAAAAAUUAGUUUCUAUAUUCUUCAA